GGGGAGGGGGGAGGGGCCGCGGGCGCCGCCGACCGGGACCCAGCAGCCCCGCCAGGCAGCCGCCUGUGAUGCUGCUGUCCCCCAUCGCCCCGUGGCCCCACGAUGACCCACAGCCCCGUGUCCAGCGAGGACGAGGAACGUCACAGUGCCAGCGAGUGUCCCGAGGGGGGCUCAGAGUCCGACAGCUCCCCGGACGGGCCUGGGAGAGGCCCCAGGGGGCCCCGGGGCCAGGGCAGCGGGGUACCUGGUAGCCUGGCCUCAGUCCGAGGCCUCCAGGGCCGCUCCAUGUCUGUCCCGGACGACGCCCACUUCAGCAUGAUGGUCUUCAGGAUUGGCAUCCCAGACCUGCACCAGACAAAAUGCCUGCGCUUCAACCCUGAUGCCACCAUCUGGACUGCCAAGCAGCAGGUGCUCUGUGCCCUGAGCGAGAGCCUCCAGGAUGUGCUCAACUAUGGCCUGUUCCAGCCUGCCACCUCGGGCAGGGAUGCCAACUUCCUGGAGGAGGAGCGGCUGCUGCGGGAGUACCCCCAGUCCUUUGAGAAGGGAGUGCCCUACCUGGAGUUCCGAUACAAGACCCGAGUUUACAAACAGACCAACCUGGAUGAGAAGCAGCUGGCCAAGCUACACACGAAGACGGGGUUGAAGAAGUUUCUGGAGUACGUGCAGCUCGGGACAUCUGACAAGGUGGCACGGCUGCUGGACAAGGGACUGGACCCCAAUUAUCAUGACUCGGAUUCAGGAGAGACCCCUCUGACACUGGCAGCCCAGACAGAAGGCUCUGUGGAGGUGAUUCGAACCCUGUGCCUGGGUGGCGCCCACAUUGACUUCCGGGCUCGGGAUGGCAUGACUGCACUGCACAAGGCCGCGUGUGCCCGUCACUGCCUUGCUCUCACGGCGCUCCUAGACCUCGGGGGCUCCCCCAACUACAAGGACCGCCGGGGCCUGACACCUCUGUUCCACACGGCUAUGGUGGGGGGUGACCCCCGCUGCUGUGAACUGCUGCUGUUCAACAGGGCCCAGCUGGGCAUAGCUGACGAGAACGGCUGGCAGGAGAUCCACCAGGCCUGCCAGCGGGGUAACUCCCAGCACCUGGAGCACCUGCUCUUCUACGGGGCUGAGCCCGGCGCCCAGAACGCCUCGGGGAACACGGCGCUGCACAUCUGUGCCCUCUACAACAAGGAGACCUGUGCUAGGAUCCUCCUCUAUCGGGGGGCCAACAAAGACGUGAAGAACAACAAUGGACAGACGCCCUUCCAGGUGGCAGUGAUCGCUGGGAAUUUUGAACUGGGGGAGCUCAUCCGGAACCAUCGAGAGCAGGACGUGGUGCCCUUCCAGGAGUCCCCCAAGUACGCGGCCCGGCGACGGGGACCCCCAGGUGCAGGGCUGACAGUGCCCCCGGCUCUGCUGCGGGCCAACAGUGAUACCAGCAUGGCCCUUCCCGACUGGAUGGUGUUCGCCGCCCCGGGGACCUCAUCCUCUGGGGCUCCUGGUCCUACCUCAGGGCCCCAGGGCCAGUCGCAGCCCUCGGCCCCCAGCACCAAGCUCAGCAGCGGGACCCUCCGAAGUGCCAGCAGUCCCCGGGGAGCCCGAGCCCGCUCCCCAUCCCGUGGAAGGCACCCCGAGGAAGCCAAGAGGCAGCCCCGUGGACGGCCCAGCUCCAGCGGGACGCCCCGGGAAGGGCCGGCCGGGGGCACGGGGGGCUCGGGGGGCCCUGGGGGCUCCCUGGGCAGCCGCGGGAGGCGCAGGAAGCUCUACUCAGCGGUCCCCGGGCGCUCCUUCAUGGCUGUGAAGUCCUACCAGGCCCAGGCCGAGGGGGAGAUCUCCCUAAGCAAGGGAGAGAAAAUCAAAGUGCUUAGCAUCGGGGAAGGAGGCUUCUGGGAAGGCCAGGUCAAAGGUCGUGUUGGCUGGUUCCCCUCUGACUGCCUGGAGGAGGUGGCGAACCGCUCCCAGGAAGGAAAGCAAGAAAGCCGCAGUGACAAGGCAAAGAGACUCUUCCGGCAUUAUACGGUGGGCUCCUACGACAGCUUUGAUGCCCCAAGAAGCUUGAUGGAUGGGAUUGGCCCAGGGAGAGAUGAAAUUUCCCUGUGCGUGAACGUCUUACACUGGCGAGCGUCCUUGUACGGAUUCCCCAAUGGUGCGCUCCUAGACCUCGGGGGCUCCCCCAACUACAAGGACCGCCGGGGCCUGACACCUCUGUUCCACACGGCUAUGGUGGGGGGUGACCCCCGCUGCUGUGAACUGCUGCUGUUCAACAGGGCCCAGCUGGGCAUAGCUGACGAGAACGGCUGGCAGGAGAUCCACCAGGCCUGCCAGCGGGGUAACUCCCAGCACCUGGAGCACCUGCUCUUCUACGGGGCUGAGCCCGGCGCCCAGAACGCCUCGGGGAACACGGCGCUGCACAUCUGUGCCCUCUACAACAAGGAGACCUGUGCUAGGAUCCUCCUCUAUCGGGGGGCCAACAAAGACGUGAAGAACAACAAUGGACAGACGCCCUUCCAGGUGGCAGUGAUCGCUGGGAAUUUUGAACUGGGGGAGCUCAUCCGGAACCAUCGAGAGCAGGACGUGGUGCCCUUCCAGGAGUCCCCCAAGUACGCGGCCCGGCGACGGGGACCCCCAGGUGCAGGGCUGACAGUGCCCCCGGCUCUGCUGCGGGCCAACAGUGAUACCAGCAUGGCCCUUCCCGACUGGAUGGUGUUCGCCGCCCCGGGGACCUCAUCCUCUGGGGCUCCUGGUCCUACCUCAGGGCCCCAGGGCCAGUCGCAGCCCUCGGCCCCCAGCACCAAGCUCAGCAGCGGGACCCUCCGAAGUGCCAGCAGUCCCCGGGGAGCCCGAGCCCGCUCCCCAUCCCGUGGAAGGCACCCCGAGGAAGCCAAGAGGCAGCCCCGUGGACGGCCCAGCUCCAGCGGGACGCCCCGGGAAGGGCCGGCCGGGGGCACGGGGGGCUCGGGGGGCCCUGGGGGCUCCCUGGGCAGCCGCGGGAGGCGCAGGAAGCUCUACUCAGCGGUCCCCGGGCGCUCCUUCAUGGCUGUGAAGUCCUACCAGGCCCAGGCCGAGGGGGAGAUCUCCCUAAGCAAGGGAGAGAAAAUCAAAGUGCUUAGCAUCGGGGAAGGAGGCUUCUGGGAAGGCCAGGUCAAAGGUCGUGUUGGCUGGUUCCCCUCUGACUGCCUGGAGGAGGUGGCGAACCGCUCCCAGGAAGGAAAGCAAGAAAGCCGCAGUGACAAGGCAAAGAGACUCUUCCGGCAUUAUACGGUGGGCUCCUACGACAGCUUUGAUGCCCCAAGCGAUUACGUCAUUAAGGAGAAGACAGUCUUGCUGCAGAAGAAGGACAGUGAGGGGUUUGGGUUCGUGCUCCGGGGGGCCAAGGCGCAGACCCCCAUCGAGGAGUUCACCCCUACCCCAGCCUUCCCGGCGCUGCAGUAUCUGGAGUCAGUGGACGAGGGUGGCGUGGCAUGGCGGGCGGGACUGCGAAUGGGAGACUUCCUCAUCGAGGUGAACGGGCAGAAUGUGGUGAAGGUCGGCCACCGGCAGGUGGUGAACAUGAUCCGCCAGGGGGGCAACACACUGAUGGUCAAGGUGGUGAUGGUCACCAGGCACCCGGACAUGGAUGAGGCUGUCCGCAAGAAAGCUCCCCAGCAGGCUAAGCGGCUCCCACCCCCAGCCAUCUCCCUGCGUUCCAAGUCUAUGACCUCAGAGCUGGAGGAGAUGGUCUCCCCCUGGAAGAAGAAGAGUGAGUAUGAGCAGCAGCCUGCGCCGGUGCCCAGCAUGGAGAAAAAGCGGACCGUGUAUCAGAUGGCUCUCAACAAACUGGAUGAAAUUUUGGCGGCAGCUCAGCAGACCAUCAGUGCAAGCGAGAGUCCUGGGCCCGGAGGCCUUGCAUCCCUGGGCAAACACAGGCCCAAAGGCUUCUUUGCCACGGAGUCGAGCUUCGAUCCCCAUCACCGCUCCCAGCCAAGUUAUGAACGCCCUUCUUACCUGCCUCCAGGACCUGGACUUAUGCUCCGCCAAAAAUCUAUUGGGGCUGCAGAAGAUGAUAGACCCUACCUAGCACCCCCAGCCAUGAAGUUCAGCCGCAGCCUGUCUGUGCCUGGCUCGGAGGACAUCCCCCCGCCACCCACCACGUCCCCACCGGAGCCCCCCUACAGCACACCUCCAGCCCCCUCCUCCUCCGGACGGCUCACCCCCUCACCCCGCGGAGGGGCCUUCAACCCCGGCUCAGGUGGCCCCCUCCCCGCCUCUUCCCCUUCGUCCUUUGACGGGCCCUCCCUUCCCGACACCCGUGUAGGGGGCCGAGAGAAGAGCCUGUACCACAGCGGCCCUCUGCCCCCGGCCCACCACCACCCUCCCCACCACCACCACCACCACGCCCCGCCCCCGCAGCCUCACCACCACCACGCCCACCCCCCUCACCCGCCGGAGAUGGAGACCGGGGGCUCCCCCGACGACCCCCCGCCGCGACUGGCUCUGGGGCCCCAGCCUAGCCUGCGCGGCUGGCGGGGCGGCGGGCCCAGCCCGACCCCGGGGGCCCCGUCCCCGGCGCACCAUGGCGGCGCGGGCGGGGGCCUCGGCUCCCCCCAGGCCCCCGCCCUGCGUUACUUUCAGCUGCCCCCGCGGGCGGCCAGCGCGGCCAUGUACGUGCCCGCGCGCUCGGGCCGCGGGCGCAAGGGGCCGCUGGUCAAGCAGACCAAAGUGGAGGGCGAGCCCCAGAAGGGCGGCGGCCUCCCGCCCGCCCCCUCGCCCGCGUCCCCGCAGCCGCCGCCGGCCGCCCCCUCGGAGAAGAACUCCAUCCCCAUCCCCACCAUCAUCAUCAAGGCCCCGUCCACCAGUAGCAGCGGCCGCAGCAGCCAGGGCAGCAGCACCGAGGCGGAGCCCCCGAGCCAGCCCGAGGCCGGCGGCGGCCCCUCCGCGCAAAGCCCCGGCCCGGCCGUGCCGCCCUCGCCCUCGCCCGUGCCCACCCCCACGUCGCCCAGCGGCCCCGCCACCCUCGACUUCACCAGCCAGUUCGGAGCGGCGCUGGUGGGGGCGGCGCGCAGAGAAGGGGGCUGGCAGAGCGAGGCCCGCCGGCGCUCCACGCUCUUCCUCUCCACCGACGCGGGGGACGAGGACGGCGGCGACGGCGUGCUCGGGGCGGGGGCGCCCCCGGGCCCCCGGCUGCGCCACUCCAAGUCCAUCGACGAGGGCAUGUUCUCCGCCGAGCCCUACCUCCGGCUGGAGACCGGCGGUGGCGGCGGCUACGCGGGCUACGGGCCGGGCGGUCGAGCCUACGCGGGCAGCGGGAGCAGCAGCGCCUUCACCAGCUUCCUGCCGCCGCGGCCCCUGGUCCACCCGCUGACCGGCAAGGCCCUGGACCCCGCCUCCCCGCUCGGGCUGGCCCUGGCCGCCCGAGAGCGGGCGCUGAAGGAGUCCUCGGAGGGCGGCGGGGCCCCCCAGCCGCCUCCACGGCCCCCAUCGCCCCGCUACGAGGCCCCGCCACCCACCCCGCACCACCACUCGCCCCACGCCCACCACGAGCCAUUGCUGCGUCUCUGGGGAGCCUCCCCACCGGACCCCGCCCGCCGGGAGCUGGGGUACCGCGCAGGGCUGGGCAGCCAGGAAAAGUCCCUUCCGGCCAGCCCACCAGCAGCCCGACGCUCCUUGCUGCACCGCUUGCCGCCAACAGCCCCCGGGGUGGGGCCCCUCCUGCUACAGCUGGGCUCGGAGCCCCCCGCCCCGCACCCGGGGGUGAGCAAGGCCUGGAGGUCCGCAGCCCCUGAGGAGCCCGAGCGGCUGCCCCUACACGUGCGGUUCCUUGAGAACUGCCAGCCCCGGGCCACUGGGGCGGCAGGGAGGGGGCCCCCCUCAGAGGAUGGGCCUGGGGUUCCGCCUCCCAGCCCACGCCGGUCCGUACCCCCUUCGCCAACCUCCCCACGCGGCAGUGAAGAGAACGGGCUUCCUCUGCUGGUCCUGCCGCCCCCUGCCCCCUCCGUGGACGUGGAAGACGGUGAAUUCCUCUUUGUGGAACCGCUGCCCCCACCUCUAGAGUUCUCCAACAGCUUCGAGAAGCCCGAGUCGCCCCUCACGCCUGGGCCUCCCCACCCACUGCCAGACCCACCCACCCCGACCAGCCCGUUGCCCCCUGUGCCACCCCCUGCCGUUGCCUCUGCCCCGCCCACCCUGGACUCCACCGCAUCCAGCCUGACUUCCUAUGACAGUGAGGUGGCCACGCUGACCCAGGGGGCCCCUGCAGCUCCUGGGGACGCCCCUCCUCCAGGCCCACCUGCCCCAGCCGCCCCAGCUCCCCCGGCCCCACAGCCUGGCCCAGACCCUCCACCUGGCACCGAUUCUGGUAUUGAGGAGGUGGACAGUCGGAGCAGUAGUGACCACCCUCUGGAGACCAUCAGCAGCGCAUCCACGCUGAGCAGCCUGUCUGCUGAAGGUGGUGGCAGCGCAGGAGGUGGUGGUGGCGGGGCCAGUGUGGCCAGUGGGCCUGAGCUUCUGGACACCUAUGUGGCCUACCUGGAUGGCCAGGCCUUUGGUGGGAGUGGUACUCCUGGCCCACCAUACCCCCCACAGCUCAUGACUCCCUCUAAGCUCCGGGGUCGGGCACUGGGGGCCAGUGGUGGCCUGCGGCCCAGCCCCAGUGGGGGACUCCGCGACCCUAUCACUCCCACCAGCCCCACUGUCUCGGUGACAGGGGCUGGAACCGAUGGGCUGCUGGCCCUGAGUGGUUGCUCUGGACCAUCGACAGUGGGUGUACCCGGGGGUCCAGUGACUGUAGAGCCAGAAGGCCCACCAGUGCCCUUGCCAUCGGCUUCCUCCCUGCCUCGGAAGCUGCUGCCUUGGGAGGAGGGCCCGGGCCCUCCGCCACCACCCCUGCCCGGGCCCCUGGCCCAGCCUCAGGCCUCAGCCUUGGCCACAGUGAAAGCCAGUAUCAUCAGUGAGCUCAGCUCCAAGCUUCAGCAAUUCGGGGGCUCUUCGGCAGCUGGUGGCGCUCUGCCGUGGGCCCGGGGAGGCAGCGGGGGAAGCGGGGACAGCCACCACGGGGGAGCCAGCUAUGUUCCCGAGAGGACCUCUUCCCUGCAACGGCAGAGACUCUCUGAAGACGCCCAGCCCUCACUCCUCUCCAAACCCGUCAGCAGCCUGUUUCAGAACUGGCCCAAACCACCUCUGCCACCACUCCCCACAGGAACUGGGGUCCCCCCUUCAGCCGCUGGGGCCCCAGGAGCCACCUCGCCCUCAGCCUCCUCCUCCACGUCCACCCGCCACCUCCAGGGCGUGGAGUUCGAGAUGCGGCCCCCUCUGCUCCGCAGGGCCCCCAGCCCCUCGCUGCUGCCCACCUCGGAGCACAAGGUCAGCCCUGCGCCCCGGCCCUCGUCCCUGCCCAUCCUGCCUUCUGGACCCCUCUACCCGGGCCUCUUUGACAUCCGCAGCUCCCCCACUGGAGGGGCAGGAGGCUCAGCUGACCCCUUCGCCCCUGUCUUUGUGCCACCGCACCCUGGGAUGUCCGGGGGGCUUGGUGGAGCCUUGUCAGGGGCCUCGCGAUCCCUCUCACCAACCCGCCUGCUUUCGCUGCCCCCGGACAAGCCUUUUGGCGCUAAACCUCUGGGGUUCUGGACCAAGUUCGACGUGGCUGAUUGGCUUGAGUGGCUGGGCUUGGCUGAGCACCGAGCCCAGUUCCUGGACCACGAGAUUGACGGUUCCCACCUGCCCGCCUUGACCAAGGAGGACUAUGUCGAUCUGGGUGUGACCAGGGUGGGCCACCGCAUGAACAUCGACCGGGCUCUCAAAUUUUUCCUGGAGAGGUGAUGGCUGGCCUGGACGGACCAGCCCGUCCACAGAACCCUUGAGCCUUCUGGCCUCUUGACCUCUGACCCCUGACCAUCAUUGUCUCUCCUGGGCCAGGGACUCUACUAAAACUGCUCCCUGCCCUCGUCUCCCAAGGCCCGAGGUCACCAGAUGGCCUGAUCCUGGCCAGGCAUCGCACCUCACAGGAGGGGGCAGCUGACACAGACUGUGUGUGAAACAGAGAGCAGAGAGCAGCGGAAGGGGGUGGCUGGAGGAAAUUACAGAGGGGGAUGGAGGAGAAGGGAAGGGUCGAUUUUGGGGGGGGACAGACAGAGCCAUAGAGGGUCAGCCCUGAGCCUGACUGGAUGGGGGGUCAUCCCCCAGGCCACAGGGGAAGGGAGUGCCCUCAGAUUCCACCACCUGCCGCCCCUCUAACAACCCUUCCCCCAUCUCCAGGCCCCACCUUCCCCUCUCCCAGCACACACAGCAGCCCCCCCUGCCUUUUGCACGCUCCUUUGCACGCCUGCUUGCCUCUCUUCCCUCCCUGGGCUACAAUUUUGCACAAACUUGCCCUCUCGCAGUCUUGCACACUCCACCUUCGCUUCCCGCUUGCGAGGCCCUCUCAGCUCUCAAACACGCGCUGUUUCUCUCGCACUCUGCGUUUCCGUUCCCAUGCUCCACACCGACUCCCUGGAACUCGGCUUGCACACUCUUCCCUCGGCCCUCCCUUACACUCCUCACUUCUGGAAAUCUCCGGGCCCUUGCUGCAGACACACUUGGGACACCCUUUCCCUCGCCCACUCACAGACUCUGCACACAUCCCCUGGCACACCCUUCUCUUUGUUCAGCCCUUGCACACUCGCUGGCCUGUGCACCUCUGCUGACACUCUUGCCUCCGACUUUCCCUUCCUAUCCUUGAACCCCGCCCCAUUCUUUCUGGACCCAUCUCUCCCACCUCUCCCUCUCACGUGACACUCCCAUACCCUUCCCUCCCCUUCUCACACACUCACUUCUUACCACGUAUCUUGCAUCUUGCCUCCCAGGAACUGGUUCUCUCUCAAAUGCCCACUCCCUCCCUUCUUUGCCGGACUCCCACUGCCUCCCACCUUUCUCUUCCCAAUCUUUGUCCAGCUCCACUCUUGACUCUCUUGUGAGCCUCCCCACACACUCACUCUGGCACACGCGCCCUCCCAGCACUCCCAUGGCUCUCUUCGAGUCAAGUGUGUUUUCCCUGAACAAUGUCCUUGCACACCGUGCCUUCGCGGCACACUCGUUUUUGAGUUUCCACUUCUUGUCAUCUUCAGGUGACUUUUCCCAUCUCCCUGGGUGGGGGGACUGUACCCCUCUUUUCUUCUGCACAGUGGUCUCAGUCCACAUUCCUUGCGCUGUAUUCUGGUUUCUCGCUUGGCGCCUUGUUUUCUGCUCCAGGGGAGAGACGGUUCUUGCAGACCCUCUGCCUGUUCUCUCACCUCUUUGCCCUCUUUUCUUUUUCUGGCGAGAAGACUGCACGCUCGCUUCUUGCUCACCUUGCUCGCACGUCCCCCACUCCCUGCUCCAGUCUUUGCCCUCUUGCACAGCCUCCCUCCUGUCAGUCCUUCCUGGGCCACCUCUCCAUCCAUUUUGCACGAAGAUCCCCCCUCUCCUAACUCUUCUGUCUCCAGGAAAACCCUUCUCCCUCCAGCAUGGCUAUUCCUGCACGCUUCCCCUCUUCCUUAUUCCUGGGGCUUGGGAAUUUUAAGCCACCCCUUCCCCUGGGAAGCCCCCUCCCCUACUGGGUAAAGGGGGGAGGGCAUCGCCCUCAGGUCCCCCCAUGUUCAGCUGCCAAAGAAGGGAGCACCCCCUCCUUCCCCCAAGCCCAUUCCCCCUCUGUUGCCCCCUACCCCCGAGGGGGGGGCGCUUCGUCCAUGGGGGGAGAGUGCUUGCAGCGCUCUCCCCUCACCACGUCAGGGAUCUGCGGGGAACCUUGCGGGAGGGUCGUGGGAGGGGGGAGGGCUGACGAGGAGGUGGGCGGAGGUCGCGCUGGGCCCCUACCCGCCCCCUCCCCCUUGUCGGAUGACCCCCGUCCGCAGGGGGCCUGCGCGGCGCUCGUCUAUCAAGGGCUUGUUCAUUCUGGAUGGGUGCC